CUCUCUUCUGGUCAGCUGUGUUCUCUGUUCCACUAAUGACAUGGUGCUGAAGUGAACUAUGUUAUAGUAUACAGUACAUCAUAUAAUAAGCAAUGCAUUCAUUCUUUAAAGUUACAAUGGAGCCAAAGCAUUGCUGCCAACGCUCCCAUUCGCAACUUUUCUCUGCAUUUCUAUUGUAGCGGUUAAUGGGCGGUCUUAUUCCACAACUCGCAGUUUCUCUCAGUCAGCUGUGGGCUGGACAGCAGCAGCAGCACCAGUUGCGUUUUCUCUUUCAGCGGGCAGAAGCCUCACAUAGGAGUUCUGGAUACAUCUCAUAAGCAUUUACAGGUAGUUCAUUCACACUGCUGAAGCGUUUAUCUUGCAAACGCAUUUGGACACUAAUCGGUUGUUGUUGUUGUUGUUGUAACAGAUCUGUUAUUUUGUCUAACUGUGUAGCACGCGCAUGCAUUUGGAAAAUUGCAUGCACACUUAAUAUACAUUAUUGCAAACACACUGCGGAUUAUUAUGCGCGAGAACAGCGAUGCAUGCUUGUAAACCUUUGCAGCUGAUGCAUUUUUCGUAGGUUUUAAUUUUUGCGCGCAAACAUAUCACAUUCGGAUUCCAUUAUAAGUUUGGAUGUGACCGCAAAAGGAGGUGCAAAUACCAUGGCGAGCGAUUUGAAGCCUCGGCUGUGUGUAAUGAAGAAAGGGGAGAAUGGAUACGGGUUUCAUCUGCACGGAGAGAAAGGAAAGAGCGGCCAGUGCAUUCGGAAAGUGGAGCGCGCGUCCCCGGCCGAAGCGUCUGGACUGCGCGCGGGUGACCGUGUGGUGGAGGUGAACGGCGAGAACGUGGAGAGAGAGACGCACCAUCAGGUUGUGCAACGAAUCAAAGCUGUGGAACAUGAGACCAGACUGCUGGUGGUUGACCGGGAAACAGACGAAUACUUCCGCAGCCUGCAUCUCACCUGUACAGAGGAAAUGGCCAUCAGAGUGACCCCUUCACCUUCACUCUCCAGCAUUAAACAGGGCAAUGGAUCCACGUCCAAACGAACCGAAAUAUCCAAGCCCAUCAGGAAACCCCCAUCACGAGCUCCAAAGAAGGAAGUUCUGCCCCCAUCAGAGGCUUCAAUGAAGGAUCCAUCUGAGCUUCUACCGAGACUAUGUCACCUUGUCCAGUCUGAGACAGGUUACGGCUUUAACCUGCACAGCGAGAGGUCCAGACCGGGUCAGUACAUAUGGGCUCUGGACCCUGGCUCACCCGCUGACCGUGCUGGACUCAAACCUCAGGACAGACUCAUAGAGGUGAAUGGAGUGAACAUUGAAAGUAUGAGGCAUGCUGAAGUGGUGGCCUUCAUCAAGAAAGGCGGGAACGAGACAUGUUUGUUGGUGGUGGAUCAAGAUACGGAUGAACAUUUCAGGAAGAUGGGAAUCACACCCACCAGAAUACAUGUCAAAGAUUUUGAUGAGUCCAUAAUGAAUGGCUCCUCGAGCCCGUAUGUGAACGGGACGCCCUCUCGGUCCACAUACUCAGACGGCAGCAGUCAGGACAUAAAUACACAGACAUCGAGAGACAGCAGCAGUCAUCUCCUCGACCCGUUUGAGGAAAUAGGUCUGUGUUUGAGCCCCACGGCCGCCGAGGCGAAGGAAAAAGUCCAUGCCAAGCGCGCUAAAAAGAGGGCGCCCCAGAUGGACUGGAUCAAAAAACAUGAGAUUUUCAGCAAUUUCUGAAUCUGACAAAAAACAAAACAAAGACACACAAGAGAACUUCAAACACCUAGUUCAAAACCCUCGUAAAUUAGAACAUCUUUUUUGUGAAUUCUACCCUGCAAAGUAAGUUUUCAUUGUAAUAUUUUUGUUAUAGCUCUUGGGUAAAAAGAGAACAUUAUCAAACAACACUGGCAUACUUUCAGGCAAGGGUCAACAAUAGAUUGGCAGAUUUUUCCUGAAAGGUUUAAAUGUGUUCUUUGGACAAAGGUAUUUUUUGUAAAAGUUAGUUCAGGACUGGGUUGUCACAUGUUUUAAAUAUCAUAAAAGAAACCAGUUUAUCAAUUCCAAUAUUUGUUGGCCAAAAUAAUGUUUUGAUAUGUUUGUAUUUUUAUUCUUACUGUACAUGAAUCAUUUUGUGCUUUAAAAUUGUUUUACUUUUUAAAUUUUCCUGAAAAGCUUAUAAUAGGCUGUUUGAUGUGGGUGUAGAUUUAAAGUGGGGAGCACAUUGUCACCACAGGUCAACAUGCAUUCAAUGAACUAUAUUUUAUCCUGGGCAAAAUUGUGAAAAAAAAUUUUUCAUGACAUUGAUGUACUAUGUGGCUAUGCAGAAACUGACUUUCAAAACUAAACACAGUAAAAAGUGUAUCAACAA